AAACAGGAUGCACUAUGUUACGAUGUUCUUCGUCUGCGAAGCGGAUUUCUACGCAUCGUUAAUGAAUUUAUCUUCCCGUUAAGAUUGAACCGAAACCCAGAUGGCACUGAGGGUGAAGAUGGAGCUGUUUCUUCUGGAAAGGACCACAAAAAGGAUGAAGAAAACAAUCGCGCAUCCAUAUCUGAGAAAAUUUUACAAGAAGAAAUUAAUGAUAAGUUGAAUGAUCCUAAUGAUCCUGAAAAAAUGUCGAGGAGAAAGCUCCGUUUGGCCAUGCAACCGAGUAUUGCGAAAUUAAAGGAGUCUACCCGCCGUCCUGACGUCGUUGAAUGGGCAGAUGUAACGUCAAGGGAUCCAUUUAUACUUGUUGCGCUGAAAUCCUAUCGCAAUACUGUGCCGGUUCCCCGUCAUUGGAACGCUAAAAGAAAAUACCUUUCUGGAAAACGCGGGUUUGAACGUCCUCCUUUUGAACUACCAGAUUUCAUCAAACGUACUGGAAUUCAAGAUAUGCGUGAAGCCCUAUGGGAAAAGGAAGAAAAUCAGAAUCUUAAAUCCAAAAUGCGAGAGCGUGCUCGCCCGAAGCUGGGAAAAAUUGACAUAGACUAUCAGAAACUGCACGAUGCCUUCUUCAAAUGGCAAACGAAGCCUCCGAUGACCAUGAUGGGGGAAUUGUAUUACGAAGGAAAGGAAGUGGAGACAUUGAUGAAAGACAAAAAGCCGGGAAAUCUUUCUGAUGAACUCAGGAUUGCUCUUGGAAUGCCAGUUGGACCGAACGCUCACAAGUUCCCUCCACCAUGGCUGAUUGCGAUGCAGCGUUAUGGUCCCCCUCCAAGUUAUCCGAACAUUCGUAUUGCUGGAUUGAAUGCUCCCAUCCCUGAGGGAUGCGCAUUCGGAUAUCACGCAGGAGGAUGGGGAAAGCCACCAGUUGAUGACUACGGCAAGCCCUUAUAUGGUGAUGUGUUUGGACAAGAGCCCACAAGUCAAGUGGAACCUGAGGACGAAACACGUAUUGAACGACGAUAUUGGGGCGAAAUAGGUUCGGACGACGACUCCGAUGAAGAAAGUGAACCUGAAGAAGAGGAAGAAGCUGACAUAGAUGGUAUUGCCACACCUAUGACGGAAGGAAUGGCUACUCCAAGCGGUAUCACCACUGGUGUUACGGGAUUGGAAACGCCUGACACUAUUGAACUGCGAAAAGGAAGGCGUGUUGAAGAGAGUCUGGCUGGUGCAGACACUCCUGCAGCGGCUUACCACAUAAUUCCUGAGAAGCGGGUAGACCGCGUUGGUGGACAAAUGAUGGCAUCAACUCACGUGUACGACUUAUCGAAGAAAGUUGGUGUUUCCGAUGGCGGUGUAGAGGUUUCUCUUGACCCUGAUGCAAUUGACUUGGAUCAAGGGAAGUUGCAAGAGAAGUACGACGAGCAACUGAGAAAACAGACUAGAGGUGACGACCGAGAAGACCUGUCGGAUAUGGUGGCGGAACACGCGGCUGGGCAGAACCGGAAGAGAAAAGCACAGGAACAGAAGAAGCAAACCCAUCAGAGCAAAAAAUAUAAGGAUUUCAAGUUUUAG